AUGGGUGAAGCUACCAUAAUAGGGGAUCAGCCGACCGCAGUCCCGCUCCCCAAUUCCGAGCAAUUCUACUUGGACAGCGAGCAGGGUGAAACAUAUCUGAUCCAGGUCUCAUGGCCUUUGCAUUGGCAAGGUGACAAUACCCCCGAUCAAGGCUCUUUCCCUAUCAUAUACCUCCUUGAUGGCAAUUCUCUGUUCUUGACGGCGACUGAGAAUGCCUGGCGUCGCGCAGCUGCGUCGCACUUUGCUGGCGGAGGUAUCAUCGUCGCCAUUGGAUACCCCUUGAAUGCAAAACUGUAUGACAUGCGACGACGAACCCUUGAUUUUUCUCCGCCAACAGAACCUGAAGUUCCCGGCCAUGGAGGUGCGGACUUGUUCCUUGAUUUCAUUCAAAAUCUUGUGCGACCUGCCGUCAAGGCUCGAUUUCCGUGGCUCUCGGCCUCCCGAGAAGCACUCUACGGUCACUCUUAUGGAGGGCUGCUGGCACUACAUGCACUAUUUACACGCCCCACAUUAUUUGAUUGCUACAUGGCCAGUAGCCCAUCUAUUUGGUGGAAUGAUCGGUUCAUUUUGAAAGAGGCGAAUGCCUUUUUGGAGAAGAAGACAGCUUCAGGCGAGAAGUUACCUUCGCUGAUGGUAUUCUGGGGCUCAAUUGAGCAAUACCCUCGCCAGUGGAACAAUGAAUCAGAAGAGAAGUAUGAAAAAAGAAGGCGGAUUGCUGCAGAUUUCAGAAUGAAUGAUAAUGCUUUCGAUCUCUGCGAGAUGCUACGAGGGUGCAAACAGCUGCACACCGUCUUGGCGACAGAAUUCGAUGGAGAGGAACAUACGAGUAUGAUGCCAUGCUCCACGAAUCGGAGCGUGACAAUGUUCUUUGAGGAUUGGCCUCUGCAUCAGCUAUAG